CAUGCUUAGGGUUUCUCCUUCGCUUUCAUUUUGCUUAUAGCCUUCGAGCUAAGUCGCCACCCACCCACCACCUGUUCGACAAAAUGUCGCAAGAAUCACUAGUCCUCCGCGGCACAAUGAGAGCCCACACUGACUGGGUCACAGCCAUCGCCACCCCAGUUGACAACUCCGAUAUGAUCGUCACAUCCUCACGUGACAAAUCCAUCAUCGUUUGGUCAAUAACAAAAGACGGCCCACAAUACGGCGUCCCGCGCCGCCGCCUCACAGGCCACGGACACUUCGUUCAAGACGUCGUCCUUUCAUCCGACGGCAUGUUCGCUCUUUCCGGAUCUUGGGACGGUGAGCUCCGUUUAUGGGAUCUUCAAGCUGGAACCACUGCCCGUCGUUUCGUCGGACACACUAAGGAUGUUUUAUCCGUAGCAUUUUCUGCUGAUAACCGUCAGAUCGUAUCAGCAUCCCGUGAUAAGAGCAUCAGGCUUUGGAACACUUUGGGUGAGUGUAAGUACGUUAUUCAGGACGGAGAUUCGCAUUCUGACUGGGUCUCAUGUGUUCGUUUCAGCCCGAAUAAUCUUCAGCCAACUAUCGUAUCCGGGUCGUGGGACAGGACUGUAAAAAUAUGGAACCUUACCAACUGUAAGCUCCGUGCUACGCUUGCUGGACACACUGGGUAUGUGAAUACCACUGCGGUGUCUCCUGAUGGUUCUUUGUGUGCUAGUGGAGGGAAGGAUGGAGUGAUUUUGUUGUGGGAUUUGGCUGAAGGGAAGAAAUUGUACUCGCUUGAGUCGGGUUCUAUUAUUCACUCGCUUUGUUUUAGCCCAAAUAGGUACUGGUUGUGUGCUGCCACUGAGUCGAGUAUUAAGAUUUGGGAUUUGGAGAGCAAGACUAUCGUGGAUGAUUUGAAAGUUGAUCUGAAGCAAGAGAGUGAAAUGUCUGCAGAGGGAACUGCUUCUGGCAAAAACAAGGUCAUAUACUGCACUAGUUUGGGCUGGAGUGCUGAUGGAAGCACACUUUUCAGCGGAUACACAGAUGGCUUGAUUAGAGUGUGGGGUAUUGGCCGUUAUUAGGAUAAAACAUAUAGCACCAUUUGGCCUGAAUUUCGUUUAGAUGAAAUCUAAAAUGUUGGAAGAAGUAUGUCGGAUUCUGUGUUUCAUGGCUGUGAGGCCUUUUCUGUUACAGUUUUGGAUUUUAUUUACGCAUGUUAUAUUGGGUGUAGAUCCAAGAAGCUCUUUUGCCUAGUCUUAUGAGUAAUUUUAUGUUUUCUUCUGUGUUUUUCUAUCUUAUAGAUCUUCAACUUUGUUUAUGAUUUAUGAGGAGAUAUAUAUCUUUUUGAAUUCUCUUUA